UCUCAUGAGAGCAUCCAGACACACACACACAGCUAGCGGUGAUGAUUCCCUUUGGUUUUGAAGUGGGCCGGCUUGUUGUGCAAACACUGGAUGCUGAGUAAACUGAGUGGCUGUGCGGAGGGUGCUUUCCAGCUGCGAUCCACGCCUUCGAGCGGAAGGAAUGGGCUGUGGAGGUAGCCGUGCUGAUACCAUCGAGCCCAGGUACUACGAGAGUUGGACGAGGGAAACCGAGUCAACGUGGCUGACUAACACCGACACAGAGGCUCCUCUGCCGGGCAUUGCCAACGGCUGCAGCAGCCUGACUAGUGAGCCCAGUGCUCUAGAGAAAGGCGCGGAGCAUGUGUAUUCCAAUACUCUAGAAGGAGGAAUCCAAACCCAGACCCAUGUGACUGUGUCUUCUAAUGUACAUGAAAAAGUGAGCACUGAUAAAAAGACAUCAACUGUUGGGACAAAUACACAGAUUGGAAAACAACACCUAACACAAGGCCCACCAACUAUGAAACAGAAAAGACGGUUAUUCAGAACAGAAGAGAAGAAAAAAUGGGAUUCCAACAAGAUGCCAGCAAAAGAAGUCAGCAUUCGUGUCACAAAAAGUAUCUGUUCGGUUGAGUCAGAUGAAAAAAAAGGACAACUGCAUGAAAUAAAGGAAAACAAUUAACCCAGGAGCUUACGGGGCACAGAGAUCAAUACUGUGCUCUCUACAAUAGAUCCAUUGCCUCAGAAAAAGACUAGCAACAAUGAAACACUGAAAAAU